AAAUCCAAAUUUAUGCCAACCCACUUUGCUUCGUGUCCCAAUUUGCUUUGCGAACAUUUUCCAUCCACUCAUUGCAACAAAAUUUCCCUAGGAAAAUUCUACCAACACUUCAUCAACAAUCAAUGGAGGCAUUGAGGAUGAGGCUAUUUUUCGCCAUGGUGAUAGUGUUGAUGGCCGUGUUUGCGGUCCAAAAUGUGGCGGCAGCUGAUGCCCCAGCCCCUAGCCCAACUUCAGAUGCCACCGCCUUCGUGCCACCGGUGUUUGCUUCCCUUGUUGCUCUUGCAUUUGGCCUUCUUUUCUAAAAUGGUGGUGUUGAAUGAGUUACAAUAUAUAUAUGUUUUUUCUGACUGGGGCUUACGUAGAGUUCUCUCGUUUCAAGUUAUCUUCUUUGAUUCUUUCUCCAAAGGGCAUACAACUCUUGUUAGUGCAUUAUAUGGAUGAGAAAGAGAGCAAAGCUUGAAGGAUUUUUUUUUUCUUUCUACAUGUUCAUACUUUUCUUUUUGUUUUCAUUUUAAUGUAUAAUUGAUGUGAUUUGUUUGUUUGCGACCUAAUGAAUUAUUUGUUUGCUUAUUGUUUCUAUUUUUUCUCCUUGAAUUCUUUUUUUUUAGGAGGAUUAAUUUGUUUUUCUAU